AUGACUCCAGCUGAAGCAAGCGAUAAAAAGAAUGAAAAUAAAAUUUGGUUUAAUCUAAAUGGUAAAGUAAAAUCAAAUCCUAUUCAACCUAAGUUUUCAAUAGGUGAUAAAUAUAAAUAUGAAAAAUGUGCAAUUAGUUCUGCUGCUAGAUAUGGUCACCUUGAAGUAGUAAAAUAUUUACAUGAAUUAGGAUAUAAAGGGUAUAAAGGUACAGAAGAAGCAAUAGAUAAAGCUGCUAGAAAUGGUCAUCUUGAAGUAGUAAAAUAUUUACAUGAAUUAGGUUAUAAAUGUUCAACAGAUGCAAUUAAUUGCGCUGCAGAAAAUGGUCACCUUGAAGUAGUAAAAUAUUUACAUGAAUUAGGAUAUAAAGGUGAUAAAUUAGCAAUUAGUUAUGCUGCAGAAAAUGGACACUUUGAAGUAGUAAAAUAUUUACAUGAAUUAGGGUAUAAAUGUGACAAAUGGACAAUUGAAUGUGUUGUGAGAAAUGGGUAUAAAUGUGACAAAUGGACAAUUAAUUCUGCUGCUAGAAAUGGUCACCUUGAAGUAGUAAAGUAUUUACAUGAAUUAGGAUAUAAAGGUGAUGAAUGGACAAUUUAUAUUGCUAUAGAAAAUGAUCACCUUGAAGUAGUAAAAUAUUUACAAUCUAUUGGAUAUAAAUUAGAAAAGUCACGUGACCUGUGA